UUGAUAAACGUGCCGGUGAUUGAAUUAGAUUCUCAUUUUGGUUGCCAUUCUGGUGUUUGUUUCUAACAAUCUACACUAUAUGUUACCAUGCACUUUUAUUAUUUGUACCUAAAAUAACAGAAAAAUCGUUUAUCGUGAGAGACAGAAAGGAAAGCGCAAAGUUUAGAUACCUUAAAGUCAAACUUACCUACGUGUAUUAUCACGCACACGGAAGAAUAGGUGUACAGUACAUUUGAGUAUACUACUUUGGCAGUCCUAUCAGAUAAGAUACUGUAGCGAGAGACAGUGUGUUGUGGUGGUGGGCGUUGUACUUUCGCUGUAGCAAGUGGUAAUGUUUUGAAACUGGUUAAGACGAAAGCGUCCGUCGAAGCAACAGCUCGAGAACACUUCUUUCCUCUUGAAGAAAUGGAAGCUGACUUUCAGUUAUAUGAAGUCUGGGAGUCCAGUGGCACCCGUCAUAGUAUACUUAAAGUACCCAACUCACUACCGGCGCAUUAUGGCUCAGAAGCUGCUAAGGCUACCUCAGAUGUCUACAAUAUCUUGAUGGCAGAUAUUUCAGGCUCUAUGUAUUCUUUCUGGCCUCAUAUUGUCACUGGAUGGCAAGCAAGCAUUAAGGAUAAGUUAACAGGUCGCACAGAAAUUUAUGCCUUUGGGGAUGAAAUCAAGUUAAAGAGAGUAGGAACUGAAUUAACAGAAUCUGAUUUUACUUCUGAUGGAACAAAUGAUUUAACCGGAGCACUGAGAACUGUAAGGCAUAAGGUGGAAAAUUGCAGUGAAAGUGUGGUGCGAGUAUUCAUCAUAGCGGAUGGUGCCCAUGACCAUGGAGAACCUUAUCCAGAAACUGAAAUUAAUCAAAUGAAGCCUCUUCGAGGAAAAACUGUGAGUGUAUAUAUUUUAGGUCUUGGCUAUGAUUUUCCCGUCCAGCAUAGUAUUGAUAUACGAUCUCGAAUGCACAGUGGAAAUGCUAAUAUUCCUUAUCUCUUCUGGGCCAAAAAUGAUGAUGAUAUUGAGGACCAAUUAGCAGCAAUUGGAUCGGAACUUGAUGGUUCAGUGGUUAAACUAAAACUGGACUUGGAGGGUUCUGUACUUCCAGGACUCGAGAAGACUUCAGUCAUUCAUCUUGGCGAGUGGCUUUAUUUUGAGGCAACUCCUGAAGAAUUGCCACCUGUAUUCCUAACUGUAAAUGAUGAACCACCAAGACUACUUACUCUAAAAGCCAGUCCAGUUAAUGUGCGCUUGCUAUUAGAUGGUGUUUUUCGUCAGUGGAAUUCCCUUAUUAUUCAGCAACACCGGAGAAAAGAACAUGUUCCACUUGAAACAUUUGAUUUAAUGGAAUCAUGUUUCAAAUAUUUUUGGGAUACACUGAAGAAAGAUAUACCAGAUCAGAUGGACAUAAAAUCACGAAUAACUAGGAAGAAAGUUAAGGCAACCGAACUAGAGUUCAGGACUCUUAUGAAUCAAAGCAAGUCACUGAUCGACUUAGAGCGAAAGUUUAAAAAUGAGCUGGAACUGGCAGAAACUAUUUUGAAGAGUACAGUGACAAACAGGAAGUAUGACUUACGUAAUCUUAAGCUUAAAGGCUAUAGUCUUGAUGACUUUGAAGAAGAUAUGAAGUCAUUCAGAGAGAUAUUUGAAGAAAUAAAGAUGGAUAUUAUGAAACUGCCAACUCCUCAACCAGAAGAUUGCUGCUGUAUAACAAUAACCUCCACUGUGGGUGAUCUCCAAGACCCAGAUUUUCAUCUAGUGAUGGAAGAGAGUAAAUUUGAUUUCCUGAAGAGUUUUACAAUUACUGGUAUUCCAGUGUAUGCCCCAAUUCGUGAUUCCUCUCAAAUAAAUCCUUGGACAAUGGUCAUCAAACAUAUUCUUGUUACUCCUUUUGCACUCCUGAGUCAUUUGGUAUUAGAAGAAUCUGCAGCUCUGGAUGAUGGAAAUUUAGGGAAAGAGGACAAGGAAGUUACCCUCCAGCAAGACAAUGAACAUUCAAAAUUUAAUGCUAUCAUUCCAGUUUUGCCUGUAGAAGCAGCACAGGUUCUGAAACCUAUUGUCCUGUCAAAUAUUUACGCUAUGAUGUCAACCUUCUGUAUCUUUAAAAAUCCUCAUAUAGUGGAUUACAGUGCCCACAUAGCUGCUUUAGGCUGUGCAUGGAUUAAAACUGUGACAGAAUUUCCCAUUAAUAGUCGUCCAGAAUUUGCACGCAACAGACUUGAAAACAUCGUGGCCACAGCAAAGUUGUACAUGGACAGACCUUCAAUUAAGACCUAUGUGAGAGCUAUGGUCAGUCAACCUAAACAAGCUCUUAUGACUGAAAGUACUGAGCUAUAUGAUAGUAGAAUCCUGAAAUGUGAAUCACUCGUGAAACCUGCUUUCUUUGCGUACCUCAGCAAAGAUAUGUUUUCUCAACAGCAGCUCAUCAGCUUCUACAAGCUUCUACAACUGGAAUUCCUUGGCCGUUGCCUUUCAAGUUAUGAUAUUAACAACAAAGCAGCCACGCCCUUCACUGAUUUUUUCUGUCCACAACUUUCUGAUAAGAAGGAAAAAACAGAAUGGCUGCAAAAGCAUGCAAAGAUCAUAGUGGAAAAAUUCCAGGAAACACAAGGAAACCUCCUCGAAAGAUUCUUCACUUUAGAUGAACUGAUUCCUUGUGUCAAGAAAUUUGUUACCAAGGAAGUGGUAACAGUAGUUAACAAUCUCCUUGAUCAUGUGUCAGUCAAAGUCAACAUGGAAAAGGUCAAACGUCAAAAGAAUCCUAGUAGCUGUGGGGAUAUCCUUUGGUCAUCUCUUCAGGCUUGGGCUCUGGAAAUGGAUAUUCCUGCAGAUGCAAUUGAAGAAUGUUGCAGUUCUUUUUCUGUUCAAGUGUAUGUCAGUGAAAGCCUCCAGUUUCGUAGUUCAAGAAAGCGACUUCAGAGGGAGAUGCCAGAGGUUGAUGAUGCUUUGAAAAACAUCGAAACUAAAAUACUUCAAGAAAAUGGCUGUGUACUGAGAAGAGUUAUUUUUGAAGAGGCAAGGAAUUUAGCCAUAAAACAUUGGCGUGAAGCAUAUCUGAAUGCUCAUCGUCCAUUAGUAAUGCCUCUAACGAAGCAGGAGAUAAUGGAAGCAGCUCAGGCUAGAGGAAUUCAAGUCACCAAGGAGACAUUUGAUAAAGUCUACAGGUACAAUGACAACUUGCAACUUCUAAGAAAUGCCUGUCAGAUUCAGGACUGCCCUCAUUAUUUACAGCCACAUAACAACUUUAAUCAACAUCUGUCCAUUGAAAGAGAACAUGGAAACUUUCCUCAUGCACUUCACUUGGUUUCUCGUGAAUUUUGCCAUGGAGAUGUCAAAGGUGUUAUUGAAAAGGUGGUAUCAGGAGAGCAUGCUGGGACCAGGAACCGAAAAUCGCCAAUAUUGCCAGAACUUCAUUCACUGGAUUAUUUGCAGGAUGAAAUUAAGGAGUUGUUGAAGGCUUACUUUAUCAUUAGUGAGUGAUAAACUAGGGUCCCUGUUUUUCUUGACCACACAGCUAGUCAUUAUACUACAACAGUACUUCAAUGCAUUUCUAAUUUUGCUUUGUUUAUAGUCGAAACAGAUACAGGUAAAAGUUUAAUAUAAGUCUUCAUUAAGCCUAAUAGAAUAAAUAUUUUAUGUUGUUUGCAUUUGACAGUUGUAUCAUAUGCCCUCUGUCAACUGAAGAAUAUGACAGGUGAAGUGAAUGUAUGUUGUGGUGAAAAGGUAGUUCAAGGAAGGCCUUUUUAACUAUUAUCUGGAUCUGGUCCUCCUAUAUUUGUAAGUUUUGUUUUAUUCUUCCUUGUGUACUGUUCCAAAGUGAAAAUCAUUAAUCAUGUAAUUCAUAUUAUUUGUCUCCAUAGCCACUUUCUUGUCCUUAUGUAAUAAUUUUGCUUGGCUCUCCAUAUGGUAUCUUAACAUAUUACAGCAGUCAUAAGCAUUUUUUGAGGAUGUUUACCAAAAUUGGCCACAUCUGUGAGGAGAAGACUUUCUGGAUACUGUUAAAAAAAUCUUGGAAAAUGUUAUUUAUAAAAUAAAAUAAAAAUUAUAAACACUGUU